AUGGAUGUCUAUGAAGAAUACAGGUCUUUUACCAUCGGACAAGAAGGAUCUGAAAUUGAUAUGGAUACACAGUUUGAGGUUAAUGGAAACCGAAGAAUUGAGGUACCGUAUAUGUAUUACGAUUCUGUGUUACACCAUGCCUAUUUACCACAUUUGGAGGCAUCUGCCAUUCGUCUGCCAUUGGACAGCGACCGUUAUUACUUGCUAAUAGUGCUACCACUCAGAGCAGGGUAUGGGGAAAUCGAACGACUGCUUGCGCGCAUGGCAAGGGAGUCAGACCUCUCCGACGUUUACGGAGCUUUAAGACCUCGGCGUGUCAGAGCGAAAGUACCUAGCUUUGUUGUGAAGGGUCACGUUAUUUUAACAACCGAUCUACAAAAACUCGGAAUUCGCGACGUCUUUGAGCCUCGUCAAGGGGACUUUACACCUAUGACUUCUCAGACUGGGGUUUACGUGCGAAGCAUUGAACAAGCGGUCUCCGUCUCGAUGAGGAAAUAUCAACCAGAUGAAUCGAAGAAAAACUUAUCGAAACGACGCCGACCCAUUACUUUCACAGCAACCUACCCAUUCCUGUACUUCGUCAUGGACUCAACCAUACAUGUAUCUCUGAUGGCUGGCAAAUUGGUUGACCCAUUGAAUUCAAGAAUAUUAUAG